AUGGGAGAACUGAACGAUAACGAACUAACCGCAGCAAUAAAGGAGUUGACAGAGCAAAAUGAUUCUUUAUCGCUUGCAAUUCAAAGGACUAGACUCUCAGUAAAGAGAUUGAGAUUAGAGUAUGCAGUCCUAUUGGAAAGACUCGAAAAUCGGAUAAAUAAGGACCCAUCUUUACACUAUGAUGAACCCCUACCCACACUAGCUUCAUUCAAGGCCAACUUGUUAAUGUCAUUACCUACAUCUAGGAGCCGCAAAAGGAGAGCGAAAGAGAAAAGAGAUCCUAAUUUACCUAAGAGACCAACUAAUGCCUAUUUACUAUUCUGUGAGAUGAAUAAAGAAAAAAUUAGACAAGAGCAUGCGGCUAGCAAUCUUGAUAUGACUAAGGUAUUGCCUGAGAUAUGGAAGAAUAUGGAUGAGGAAGCCAAAAAACCAUACUACGAUCUAUAUAACGCAGAUAGGCUGAGGUACCAGAGGGAAAUGACUGCAUAUUCUCAAACAAAAACGGUUGAGGAACCUAACGUAGAUGUCAAAAACGAAUCUGGAAAUGAUGAGGAAGAUGUAGAUGAGCCAGAACCUGAAGUAGAUGGAGAUGGAAUGGAUGUCAAUGACUCUGAUGUCACCCGACUUGACGACGGAAUAGUUGAUGCUGCCUCCAGUGCUAUUUCAAGUGAGAUGUAA